UGCGCAUGCGCACACGCAGCUCCAAAAUUUAGGGUGGGAGAGUUAGCAUUAGCGUUACUAUUAGCGCAACGAGCUAAGCGAGCAGGCACGGGAGUGUAAUGGCGGCGUCGGUGUUGUUGGGCUCCGCGGACAACACCGGACUCGGCUUGGCGGCAGGAAGCGGCGGCGGUUCCGGCGCGGGAAGCCUCCUCGUCGCCGGUAACAACGGCCUAACCUCGGCCGCGGGCCCGGUGCCGUGGAACCGCUCGCUGGAGCGGGCUCUGGACGAAGCCUCGGCCACCGGCUGCCUCAACUUAAGCGGCAGGAAGCUCAAAGAGUUCCCCCGCGGCGCCGCUAACCACGACCUGACCGACACCACCCGGGCCGACUUGUCUAGGAACCGCCUGUCGGAUCUUCCGCCGGAGGUGUGCCUCCUGGUGUCUCUGGAGAGUUUGAACGUCUACCAGAAUUGCUUGCGAUCUUUACCAGAUCACAUGAUCAACCUGCAGGCCCUCACCUACCUGAACCUCAGUCGCAACCAGCUGUCGGCGCUGCCGGUGGUGCUGUGCAGUCUCCCCUUGAAGGUCUUGAUCGCAUGCAACAACAAGCUGGCGGCGCUGCCGCAGGAAGUGGGACAGCUGAGGCACCUGACGGAGCUGGACGUUAGCUGUAACGAGAUCAGGUCGCUGCCUUCUCAAGUGGGCCAGCUGGAGGCGCUGAGAGACCUCAACAUCAGGAGGAACCACCUGGUCACUCUUCCGCCAGAGCUGGCCGAGUUGCCUCUGGUGCGUCUGGACUUUUCGUGCAACAAAGUGACAUCCAUCCCGCUGUGCUACACGCGCCUGUCGCAGCUGCACACCAUGGUUCUGGACAACAACCCCUUACACACGCCGCCUGCUCAGAUUUGCAUCAAAGGCAAAGUUCACAUCUUCAAGUUCCUCAACAUGGAGGCCAGCAAGACGACGACCUCCGACCUCCCGGAAUUUGACAGACGACCUUUGAACUUUGGCUCCUGCGUCGACGAGCCGUACCCCGGCCGGCCGUACGGAGCGUUGGAUUCCGGCUUCAACAGCGUGGACAGCGGGGACAAACGAUGGUCAGGAAAUGAGGAGUUGUCGGAGGUUCCGACUCGGGUGACGGACGGUCAGUGGAAGCGCGUUGGCGCGGGACCGUCACCGUUGGCCAACGGGACAUACGAGCUGGAGCAGAUCGAUUUCAUCGACGGCGAGGACGAAGAGGAGGCGGUAGGGAGCGCCGCCGCGACGGAGGGGAGGAGCCCCGCGGCGGCCAUAGGAGGCGAGCGCGCCAGCCUCAGCUCACAGUUCAUGGCCUACAUCGAAAGACGCAUCGGCAACUCGGAUUCUCCGGGAAAAACGGACGAUUGCAGGCAGAGACCGAGCAGGAACGUGGCGGACGGUGCCGCGGCGCCCCCUAGCGACCCGCUUCAGAGAGGCGCCGGCGUGGAGCGGAUGAGGCGAGAGGCUCAGAUGGCCGCCCUCAGGUACGACGAGGAGAGACACAGGCCACGGCCUACGCAGAGAGACCUCAAGAGUCCAGACAGCAAGACCACGUACCCCUCUCGACGCUCCACCCACACAGAUGACUCCGCCCUCUUCGUGCAGGGAGAAGAAAGAAGUGGCCUGUCGCCCGGCGACGGCGUUCCCUGUCGCGGAGGCGGAAUGCGCCCGGAGAGCUUCCUGUACCGUCUCGGCCAACGGGAAGAAAAGAAGAGGGGAGACGCUCAAGCUUUGCCUCAGCAGCAACAGCAGCGACCGGAAUCGACGGCGCCCGCCGCAGCCUCGGGACACGAAGCCACGCUAGUGGAACAGCUGAGGAAGAACAUCGAGACCCGCCUGAAAGUCACGUUGCCUUGCGACCUGGGGGCGGCGUUGACGGACGGCGUGGUCUUGUGUCACCUGGCCAAUCACGUGCGGCCACGAUCGGUACCCAGCAUACACGUGCCUUCCCCUGCCGUGCCUAAACUGACCAUGGCCAAAUGUCGGAGGAACGUGGAGAACUUCCUGGAGGCGUGUCGCAGGAUGGGCGUCGCUCAGAGCGAUUUGUGCCUGCCGCUCCACAUCCUCGAGGAACAAGGGCUCCCCCAGGUGGCCGCCACCGUCGGCGCGCUGCUGGACUUAGCCCCGCCCAGACACGGCGUCACCGCCGCCGCGCCGGCGUCCUCGUCCGGAGCCUCGCUCGGCCCUUGACGGUCACCCGACCCGCGUCGACGUCCGCCCUCCCGACACGACCGUUAGCGAUGGAAGUUAGCACGUUUGUUCUCCUUCGUAUCGGUGUGAACGAUCCGAACCGAUACGUCAAAUGAUUCCAAUUGGGAAAAAAAGGUUUUGGCGUCAACGUUAAAGGUCGCCUCGUUACAUUGGAAGUCAUCCUCGUUACGUAAAACGUAAGCCUCGGCGACGUGCCGGUGUUGCGCCGAUAUCUGUAUCCAUACGGUACACAAAAUGUGCGCGUCACACUUUUCAAGCUAUAUGAUUGGCUGAGGAGUUGUAAUGGGCUCAGGUAAAAGUGCCUGAUUAAAAACGUGUCGCGAGGGUAUUUGACCGCCCGAGCACAUCUUGUAGCUACAUGCUAAUACGUGUUUUUAUGACUCUAUUUGUUUAUAAUUUGACCUUUGUAAAGGGAAAAUGUACAACCAUAGCUGAAUGAAAUGUGCUACUUUAAAAGUGCCUGGUUGUAAAUGCUUAUGUAUAUAUUUUUUUAAAUCAAGUAUUAGCAUGAUAGUGUAGACAGUUUUAGAUGCUAGUUCAGAUACGUUCACGACAUACUUUUACACGAACGGGGUUAUUACUCGUCAGCCAAUCGUGUAACGUGAAUACAGACAUACAGUUUGUGUACCUACAACAGCACUAAAAUGUUGUCGUCGGUAUCCAGGAGUACUAAAAAAGCUUUGCAAUGUACACUUUUUAAGUUUCUAACCUCCGGGCGCCCUACCCAAAAUGGCUGCCACAAGGAAAGGGUUGCUUUCCCAAGAUGACGAUAGUUGUCCAGUCAUUCUCUGCUGCGAAUUUCAAUGAGUUUAUAUCUAGUUAAAGUCCAACCCAUUUGCUGCCGACUCCCCUACUUCUAGCGCUGUCAAUGGCGGCCAAUGAGUAAAUAGCAGUUGCCUUUAUAGAAAAAUAUUUUCAAAGGUUCUAGGUUUUGAUGGGAACAUCGCCCCUACCAACACGGCCGCCCUGAGGCCAUUUUGAGAAAGCCCCAUGAAAGCUCUUCUUACGCUUCUGCUGUGAAUUGAAAGGAGUUUAUCGCAAGUAGACGUCCAAGCUAUCGGAACCGGGACUAUGGCAGUGAAUGAAGGUUGAUUCGUUCGAUGCCACCAUCCCAGUUCAAAUGGAUUGGCAGUGGCAGACAAUGAGUUAAGAUGUAUCUGACCAAGCCAUGAUGGCAAGGACGUUACAUUCAAAUGAAGAUGCAGUCAUGUUGUAUUAAAAAAAAAAAUAUAUAUAUAUAUAUAUAUAUAUAUAUAUAUAUAUAUAUAUGUACUUUUUUUUUUCCAAAACAUGUUAUCUCAACAGUACAGGCAUCGACCAUACACAAAAUUGGUAUCAGGAGCAAAAAAAAAAUGAUAUUGGUGCAACACUAGCAGAUAUGUGGAAUUUACUGGACAAAAAAUGUUGAAAUGUAUUUGGUCAGCAAGAGUGCUAACAUGCGCUAAGCUAACGGUGCUAAGCUAAAGAUGCGGAUUUGUUUUGUCUCGUCACAUUUUCGUGUCAUCUUGUUGCACCUUUUUUGUUGCUCUUUUCUUGUUCACUUUGAAAGGGGGACUAAAGGUUUUUUUUUUUUUUUUGCUAAAAUAUAUUGCAUGCAUCUUAACGCGUAAACUGUUUUAGACAUCUUUUCAGGUGUAAACCAAGUCAUUUGAAAAAGCUCCCAAAGUGAUCCAGAAAUGCCCUAAAAUCAACAAGUAAUUAUCCAAAAUGUACAAGAAGUAACCCUAGAAUACCUGAUAAUAACAGAAAAUGACCUGAAAAAGCACCAAAAUACACAGGAAGUGAUCUAUUCAUGCCGUAAAAUCAACAUGAUCCAAAAUGUACAGCAAGUGACCCCAGAUUGGCUGAUAUUAACAGGAAGUGACCUGAAUCCCCCCCCACCUACCUACAGGAAUCAACCAAUAAACAGGAAGUGUCCCACACAUGCCCAAAAAUCAAGAAAUUAUCCAAAAUGUACAAGUGACUCCAGGGUAACCAAUAUUAACCACGUGACAUUUUGUUACUGAUGUUCAUUGUGGUCGCCAGUAAAGGGCGGUAAUUCCCAAAAUGGCGGCCUCCCAAGAUGGAUGAAACCAUACGGUUCAGGUCUUAUGACUUUGUCACAAAUUUGUUUGUAUUAACCACCAUUGACGAUAAAAGAUGUCCAAUUCUGUUGAAGCUGGAUGGUUGGCAUUUGUUCAAUCCCUGCCAACCUCGGACUUCAAAUGCAUUGGACGUCUGUUCGUGACAAACUUAAACCUACCCCUAACCCUUUCAAGAGUUUUCAUCAUUUUGAAGUGCCACAUGUUUGGACACCUGUUGUCAACGGCACUGAAUGCCGGUAAAUAUAUUUUGCAAAAAAAAAAAAAAUUAGCGGGCUUCAGUUCCCCUUUUACUUGGCGUGAUCGGCGCCUAUUGUUGCAUCGUUCGGACGGCCGCUGCCUACUUGUGUACAAAAGUAUUUUGUAAAUACCAAGUGUGUUGUAGUGUAUAUAAAGAUGGUUUGCCUCGAGCGUGUGUUACGGUCAGACUUCCGAAAAAAUUCCACUUUUUUAAAGAGUGUCUAAAAGUGUUUGACACGUUUUCACUUCUUUGUCUUUUGCUGUAAAAACAAAAACACGAGAACAAAGCUGUUGGUCAAAUAAAUAAUGUGCUAAUAUAUAUGAUCGGAUGAUUCUCUUGUUAUUUGUCUUCACAACCCCAAAAACAUGCAAAAUAGUGGAAUUUCCCUCCUUUUCUUCAAAACUGGACAUUUCUACGAAAGGAUUUGUCACUUCCCUAGUUAGCGUAAUAUCCAAAAAUUAGCAAAAUGAGUCCUUUUUUGAAAAUGUAUCUGCUUUCAUGGAGGACGACCACAGAAAUUUAUAUAUAUAUAUGGUGGAAAACGCAGACAAGACCGAACAAGCAGUUUCUGCUCUUGCACUCCUCUUUAUAAAACAAACUGCUGUAUUUUAAGCCAAAACAACUGUUGUGUUUGAUAGAACAAUGUCUAUCUGCUGCCAUAGCAGAUUCAUGGCGCAUUAAGCUCCCAAACUAUUUUUAAUUUGUCCAUUUUACCCUGGAAACCCCCGUUUACAAACGUCGAGCAACCGCUUUUGUUUCAACCCAGCCAUAAAACGGAAGGUAAUUAUAUUUAUUCA